UUUCACAAAUUCAAAACAAGGAUGUUGGUGUUACUCGGUUCACACACAAAGGUCAGCCACUGCGAGGUGCUUUGAGCCGCUUUAUUUCAUGUGACACUUUGAGAGCUGAUGAGAGUGAGUGCUGAUUGUGAGUCCGCUGGAGCUGCUGUGUGGUUACGCAGACAUGUUGUGAAGGUAUGUUUGUCUCUCCUUGGUGGCACGUGGUCAACCAACAAGCAGAUUUCACGGUUGUAUAACUUCAUGGUUGUGUAAUGGUUUUUUCAUCAUGAUAUUCACAUGGGAAUCAGUGAUUGUCAUGCUGGUGGUGCUUGUGAGUGGAGUGACAAAUGAGGAUGACAUUCCACUGUGUGGGAGGGUCCGGGUAUCCAGAUCAGUGGUGGUUUUGGGGUCACCUGUCAUGGCCAACUGCGUAAUCAGAGACGACUGUCCUCUGGUCAGAGGACGAACUGUCCAGAUUGAGUGGCAUCUUAAUGACCAGCAUCUUCCCAGCAAACCUUCAGCCAAUUACAAUGGCAGGAAUUCCACAGUCAUCGUACAGAGCUUCAAUGAAACCAGAGCAUUCCUCACCUGCUGUGUCCAGAAUGUUUCCUGUCAAAUCGUAGGUGGAAUGGAGAUCAGGGCUGGAUACCCACCAGAGGUCCCGGAAAGUCUCAGUUGUCAAACAAACCUCACCAGCCCAAGCACGCUGACCUGUCAGUGGGACCCUGGGAAGUGGGAGUCUCAUCUACUCACGGAGUAUUCCCUCCACACAGAGAUGCGUAAAUUCAAUAAGCACAAGAGUUAUGCAGUGCCAGCAGGUGUCCACCACUAUGCCAUCCCUCGCUCAGAUUUUUCCUGGUACCAAGAAAUGAAAAUAUAUGUGAAGGUGGUGAAUGAACUUGGAGAAGCAACCUCACUGCCUAUUAUUGUGGAACCCCUCAGUGUAGCUAAGUUUGACCCACCAACCAUUUUGAAGGUUGAAGUGGUGCCAAAAAAAUAUGGUUGCCUAUAUCUUAAAUGGACCUUGUCCCAGACCUGGGUUCUUGACUCCAACUUCAACAUGGAAGUCCGACUCGUACCUGCUGAGAGCAGUCCACCGAUCUUGAUGAGAGGCUGCAUGAAAGGGAGAUCUGUGGACCAGUGUGAAGUGUGCAAUCUACUCCAUUGGACGCGGUAUGAUGCCCAGAUUCGAGUCAGGUACAAACAGAGCCCAUGGAGUGAAUGGAGCACCAGCCAGUCCGGAGUCACCUUGGAGAAGGCUCCCACUGGACAAUUAGACUCCUGGAUGAAGGUAUCAGGGGAUAGCAUGCACAAACCAUUCAUCGUAGACUUGUUUUGGAAGCCAUCAAAACAAUUCCGCACCAAUGGCCAGAAUGUGUCAUACAUUGUGUCAAGACAAAAACAGCCAGGUGGAAAAGGACAGCUGUGCUCCACAACUGAGAGUUACUGCACUUUCCAACUUCAUCCAAGAGUACAGAACGUAUUUCUAAGUGCCGUAAAUGCAGCAGGAAAGUCGCGCCCCACUGAAGUCCGGAUUUUGUUUCCACAAGCUCGUACAGCAUUAUCAAAUGUUACUGUGCGUCCUCAUGAUGACAAAUCCAUGCUGGUCCAGUGGACAAGCUUGGCAUCUUCUGACCUCAGUGAUUACGUGGUGGAGUGGAAGCCGCUGCUAGACGAAGGCCUCGCCUCCCUCCGGUUUGCUGUGGCUGACAGAAACCAGUCAGGGCUGCUAAUAACAGGCAGCUUUGAGCCAUACAAGCCCUACGGGAUCUCAGUGUAUCCUCGCUUUAAGAAUGGGAUGGGCCGUCCUCAGACUGUUAAUGCCUACUCCAGCCAGAAGGAGCCAUCCAUUGUUCCAAAACUAAGAAUUACAACGUCCUGGCAGCCCCAUGUUGAGCUUAUCUGGGAUGAAAUACAGUUAGAGCAAAGAAAUGGGAUUAUCAGAAACUACAAGGUCUUCUACUGGGAUAAACAGGACAACAUUAAGGUUGUGGAUGCAGACCUUGAAAGCAGGAGCGUGAUCCUGACAGGUCUCAGUCCCUCAUCUCAGUAUGAAGCUUUCCUGAUGGUCAGCACAUACGGUGGAAGCAGGAAUGGUUCAAUAAUUCAUUUCAAGUUCGAGCCCUUCGAUGGAGUUCUUGUUGUGAUGCCAGUUCUACUGUUUAUUGUACUGUCACUGAGCAUUUGUACAGUCGUGAUUUUCAAGCAAAAAAGGAUAAAGGUGCAUUGUUGGGCAGCUGUGCCAGAUCCAGCUAAUAGCAGCAUCAAAAAAUGGACUUCAGAAACCUGCCAGGAUAUCCACCCUGUGUGGGACUUUCAGGAGCCCAAUCCAAUAUAUCUGUCGCACCUCAGCUUCUUGGAGUUACCCAACAUGCCAGAUAAAAAGAAGGAUGACUCAUGGUUGCACACUAGUGAAGAUGAUACCAGUGACCUGGGAGAGUCCAUACUUGGUUCACCGUUUGUCCCUGGCUACUCUGGGACAAACAGUGACACUGUUCCUUAUGCCACAGUCAUCUUUUCUGGUCCAGGUACAAGCCCAACAGCUCAAGGACCUCACUAUCUGCGCUCUGACUCCACCCAGCCACUGUUGGACACAGAAGAAACCUUCAGUCCACACUGCUAUCAGAACAUGACCGCUGAUGGCAUAUCGAGCGAGCAGUGUUUCUUUGGAUGGUACCAUAAUGAUGAGCCUCAAGAAGAAGCAGAUAUGGGUGUUUUUUGGGAUGACUUUCCUUUUCUAAGAGCGUUAGCCAUGAAUGAGUCGCAGACUGACUAGAAACACUUUGCUGAUGAUACGAACUUACCGAAUGCUUUUUGCACAAUAUUCAUGCUGAUCUGAAUGUGUCACAAAUCUGUUAAGAUCACUGUAAAUAUGUUGCAUUUGCUGAUAAAAAAAAAAAGUGUUAAUCAUGAGUUGUGUCUGUGCCACACAGUGUCAAUAUGUUACCUCUUUU